AUGCCAGGAGCAAUAAGUAAUUCUGAGUCAAGUACAGAUAAUUUACUUUCCAAUUCAUCGACCUCCACUGAUUUUGAUUAUGAUGAUACAGACUCAGAAGAGAGGGAGCUACAAAGACUUAGGGAAGAGGCUAGAUCACAACACAGGCACUUGAGCCUUUUACUUAGACCAAGUCUUUCAGUUGUAAGCAUUCUCGUCAUAUUAUUUUGUUUAUCAGAAAUGCUAUUCGUCACGCCUCUAAUCAGCCUUUCGAUGAGCAAAGUGUGUCAGCACUUGACUACAGAUGAAGGUAAUACCUGCAAUCCCCAGGAGGUCCAGGAACUACUUUCUGAUAUAUCUUCUAAGAAUAUGAUUAUUUCAGGUAUAGUGAGUACCUUUAUGGCCGGGAAAUGGGGCCAAAUAUCUGACCGUUAUGGCAGAAUCCAUGUUUUCUCGUGGAUAACACUGAUUAGAAUACUAGGCAACCUGCUUCAUGUAUUUAGUGUUUCCUCAUACGUCCAUUUCCACAUCUGGUUUAUAAUAGCCACGACAGCAAUCGCUGCAUUCAGUGGAGGGAUGUUUGCUAUGUCAGGUAAUGUAAGUAGCUAUAUCACUGAUAUCAUUGACUCUGGAAAUCGAGCUACAAGUAUGAGUAUUGUUUCUAGUACCAUGCAUGCUACAGUUGGCCUGGCUCCCUUUAUCGGCUCUAUGCUCAUCAAAGCCAAUAACGGUAACGAAGUAACUGCAAUUUAUGCUGCCACUAUCAGUAGUGCUAUUCUCAUUCUUCUGUGCAACUUUGCAGUCACUGAGCCGAGACAUAAGGAAGCAUUAGAAAUAUCACAAAUGUCAUUUAAAAAGAGACAAGAUAAAAUAAAGAAUAAACAUAUUGAAAACUUAUCAGAUUCAUUUGAUCUUUUUACAAGGUUCAAACAUUAUGUCAAUUACUACACAAGACAGCUAUUGGACCUUUUAGCCCCAUUGAAGAAACUAUGGCUUAAGAAAAGUAAGAGUGGUUCACUAAUACCUCGUUAUAAUGUACUCUUAAUGCUCGUAAUUGAUACUUCACUUUUAUGCGCCAUGGCAGGAAUGAUGCCCAGCUUGGUGCUCUUUACCACUUACAAAUACGAAUGGAAAGCGGUGGAACUGGGGUAUCUCAUAUCAUUUGGCGGGUUGUGUAAUGCUAUUGUCUUAUCAUUAGUAUCUCCAUAUUUUUUUAAAUAUUUGAAAAAGACUUUACCAACCUUGUCACAUUCAGUUGACAAAGUCGACAUUAUAGCUAUGAGAUUGUCACUUUGCUUCGUGCUUUUAAGUCUGAUAAUACUAAUAAAGUUUAACGAUCAACCAUAUGCAAUAUUUAUUUUCCUAAUUAUCAGAUCACUGGGCUCAAUAGGUACUCCGACGGCUCAGGCGUCAAUAAUCAAGUACUACAUCGAGAAUACAGGCCAAAUAUUCGGUGCAAUUGCUCUUUUACAUUCGCUUUGCACAUUAAUAACUCCACCUUUAAUGUUGAAGAUCUACGGUGACACAGUAUCAUUCAAACCGGAGUAUUUUAUAUACGUUCCAACCAUAGCAAUUUUGGGCUCAUUGGGUCUCACAUUUCUACUGAGAAUAGUGGACGACGAAUCUCAAACCGACCAAAAUAUGCCUUGA